CGUUGAAUAAAGUCAUUCAAAUCUUGUUGAAUGUUUUGUAACUGUUGUUCCAACUUUUGUAAGCAAAUCUUGAAAGAAUCGUUUUCAUUCAAAGACAUGUUGGAAAACGAGAAGAAGAGAACAGAUGAUGAUGAUGAUGAUCCUCUAAGUCAACUUGGUCAGUUGAAGAAAAGGAACAGAAACUCCAAAAAGCUUACUACUUUAUCAACUGAAGAAGAAGAAGAAGAAGAACCUUCUCAUGAAUUGAUAGAACCUGAUAGGAAAUCCGUGAAAGAUAACAACUCAAUAGGAAGAACUACCACAAGCAAACCUUUUCAUUUCACUUCACGUAUCCAAAAUGAACCCUUAAAACAUCUUGCUUAUGAUUCUAAUCCUUCAGCUAUGCCUUCAGGACCUCAAGACCAACUUGCAACUGUAGUAGAAGAAGAACCAACUGAAAGGAAGAAGCGAGGUAUCUUUGGACCUAAAACGGCGCCAUCACAUAUUCGUGUGAGUGUUCGUUUUGACUAUCAACCCGAUAUUUGUAAAGACUAUAAAGAAACUGGAUAUUGUGGAUUUGGAGACGCUUGCAAGUUUUUACACGACCGUAGUGACUAUAAGGGUAGUUGGCAAUUGGACCAAGAGUGGGAAGAAGAGCAGAAACAAAAGAAACGAGCGACUCUGGUUGAAAACAAGAAAGUAGAACAACUUCCUUUUGCUUGUUUUAUUUGUAGAAAGUCUUUUGUAUCACCUGUUGUCACUUUAUGUGGACAUUAUUUUUGUGAGUCUUGUGCACUUGAAUAUCAUCGCAAGAACGGUGGUCGAUGUGCAGUAUGUUCGAAAGCCACCAAAGGAGUAUUCAAUACUGCUCACAAGUUGCAAAAGUAAUGAAAAGUGCUCCGAUGAUGAACCAGAACAGAUAUUGUAGUCUUAUGA